UUUCGGAUUUGAAUAUCUCAUAUCAUUCCAUCUCAUUCAAUUAUCAUCAGUUGUAUCUAUUAUACACAUUAUUUUCGAGAAAUAAUCGCAAUCAUCCAAACCAUGACAUACGAUAUAAUCAUUAGAAAAGUCGCUAUAGCUGGUGUUAGUUCCCCUAUCCUAUAUACAUAUACAACAAGCACCCUUAAAUAACAAAAUCUAGGCAUCAGGCCCAAUAGGCCAAGCAAUCCUCAACGAGCUCCUAAAAUCAGAACUCUUCGAAAUUACAAUCCUAACCCGGGACUCCACCGCCUACCAAUCACUCUUCGCUCCGGCCAUCAAAGUAAUCCAAGUGGAUUACACCUCGUUGGCCUCCCUAACCCACGCCGUCACCGACCAAGACGCCGUCAUCUCCACCAUAUCCCCCAGCGCAAUCCCCGUCCAAAAACUCCUCAUAGACGCCUGCAUCCAAGCGCACGUGCACCGGUUCCUCCCCUCAGAAUACAGCUACGACUUCUGCAACGCGACAAUCCGACAACACACAGGCAGCAAUGCAAUCUUUGCGCAAAAACAGGCCAUAGAAACCUACCUCCAAGAACAAGCCACCAACACCGCACUAAGCUACACCCUCCUCUUCAGCAACCCCAUCCUCGAACCAUCCCUCCAAAAAAACCUCUUCUUCAACUUUCCCUCCCGCAGCGCAACUCUAACCCCACUCUCAAAAACCCACCCCAUCUCCCUCACCACCCUCCCCUCCCUCUCCAAAGCCAUCCGUCGCAUCCUCACCCAUCCCCGCGAAACAGCCAAUCGUCCCAUCCGCAUAAAAGAUAUCGAUAUCACGCAUCAACAACUCCUCUGCAUCGCACAAUCCCUAACACCCAACCAAGAAUGGGAUAUUCAACAGGAAGAAUCUAAAGAAACCACAGACGCAACCUCAAAUUAUGAGAGAAAAUUUAAUUUUGGUGGAAAUUUCGAACGCGUGCACAAUUGUGUUUUUGGUAUCAAGGAUAUGAGUCUCCCGGAACUGGAGGAUUUGGUCAGGGUUACUUGUUCUGGGAUGGAAAAGGAAAAGGAGAAGGAGAAGGAGAGUUCAUCAUGAUAGAUAGGUGUUCGUUCAUUUGAUUAAUUGUAAAAUUUUUAUGUAUGUAGAGAUUGGCGUAUUUAAUGAUGACAGCAUUAUGGAAGUUUGCCUGUUUGUAUUGUUGAGAUAUUCCUGU